AAUUACAAAAUAAUCUUGCAUUUUGAUCUUGAAGCAAAUAUCCAAUAUUUAUAAUUUUAAUUUAUAGGUCUAGCUCUACUAGGACACUAGGUCUAGAUCUACAAUAAUAUAAUACAUUAGAAUUAGAUAGAUCUAUCUAUUCACUAAUAUAGAUAUUAGAUAGAGUUUAGAUCUUUAUAGAAAUUAUACAUUUAAAUUUUAGACAAUUCGUCAAUUCCCCUUUACGCUUAGCCUUUUACUACUUUUAGCUGACUUUAGCGUUAGCCACUUAAUUUCUUAAACUUUACUUUAACUUAAAGGUCUUUGCUUCUUUACUGUGUCAACACACUGUGAGUGACUGUGUGAGUGAUUCACUCAGGCUCAGAUGCAAUAAAAGAAUGACAGACGGUCCCAAUUUGAUUGGUGCAGUUGACCAAGGAACAAGCAGCACCCGUUUUUUGAUAUUCAACUCAGAGACCUCUGAAGUUAUCACAUACCAUCAAACAGAAAUCAAACAAGUUUAUCCUAAAGAAGGAUGGGUGGAGGAGGACCCUAUGGAGAUAUUGGAGUCUGCCAAAAUUUGCAUUGAUAGAGCUACUAACAAUCUGAUUGGUUUAGGGUUUGAAGCCAGUGAUAUUAAAGCAAUCGGCAUAACUAACCAAAGAGAGACAACAAUUGUUUGGGAUCCUACAACAGGGAAGCCUUUAUAUAAUGCUAUAGUUUGGCUGGACUUGAGGACAGCGUCUACUGCCGAGGAGCUGAUUAAGAAAACACCUGGUCGAAAUAAAGAUUUUCUUCGAGGUCUUUGCGGUCUUCCCAUCUCCACAUACUUCAGUGCUGUUAAACUGCGAUGGUUGCUGGACUACUCGGAGGUUGUAAGGAAAGCUGUAGAGAAUGGCACGUGUUUGUUUGGUACAGUCGAUUCCUGGCUGCUCUGGAAUCUAACUGGAGGUAAAAAUGGGGGUAAACAUGUAACAGAUGUGACCAAUGCAAGCCGAACAAUGUUAAUGAAUUUAACUACGCUGGAAUGGGAUGAUUUCCUAUGCAGGUUUUUUGAUAUACCUAAACAAAUUUUGCCUGAAAUUAGAAGUUCCUCAGAAAUUUAUGGAGAGCUUGCAGUUACAGAUCUCAAAGGAAUCAAAAUUUCUGGGAUUUUAGGAGAUCAACAGGCUGCUUUGGUUGGUCACAGCUGCUUCAAAGUGGGUCAGGCUAAAAAUACAUAUGGCACAGGCUGUUUCUUGCUAUACAACACUGGCCUAUGUCCUGUGGAAUCAAAGACAGGGUUGUUGACUACAGUUGCCUACAAAUUGGGUAGAAACCGGCCAGCAGUCUAUGCAUUGGAGGGUGCUGUGGCAAUUGCAGGAGCGUGUGUGGCAUGGCUGCGGGAUAAUCUUAACAUCAUAAAAACCUCUUCAGAGAUAGAAAAGUUGGCAGCAGAAGUGGAUGGUACACAUGGUUGUUAUUUUGUUCCAGCUUUUUCUGGUCUUUUUUGUCCUUACUGGCAAAAUGAUGCUAGAGGGAUCAUCUGUGGACUGACUCAAUUCACUAAUAAAAAACACAUUGCAAGAGCAGCAUUAGAAGCCGUCUGCUUCCAGACCAAAGAGAUUCUCAAUGCCAUGAAUAAAGACAGUGGCAUAGACUUGACGAGUGUCAAGGUUGAUGGAGGGAUGACUGUCAACUCACUUCUAAUGCAGAUCCAGGCAGAUGUUCUGGGCAUCCGUGUUGUGAGGCCUUCCAUGACUGAGACAACUGCCCUGGGAGCGGCCAUGGCUGCAGGUGUGGCAGAGGGUAUUGAUGUUUGGGAGAAUUUGGACAACUUGACACCUAUUACCUGUGAUAUUUAUGAGCCUACCAUCUCAAUAAAAGAAGGUGAAGACAGGUUUGCUAAAUGGAAGGCAGCUGUGUCAAGAAGCAUGCACUGGGAAACAGCCUGGAAAUCAGAAAGAGCAACAAACUUUUGGGAUGUGAUGCCGCCUGGUCUCUUUUUGUUUUCCAGUUUUGGUCUAGUCAUCAUAGCAUCUCUUGUGGCCAAAGCAAGAUGAUUGAUGGAAUGAAAUAGUAUUGAGUUUAUUGUUAAUGUCAAGCCAUUCAAGUCAAUUACAUUGUAAACCACAACAAAACUCUCGAAGGUUGAUGAUUAGUUUUGUUUCAUUUUAAACACUUCUGUUUAUGUAUUCCACCUAAAGGAGUUUACAAUGUAUAUACAGAGGCCUUACGCAUGUGAUUCUUUCAUAUAGUCCAGAUUUUUUUAAACAUGUAAGUUGAUUUUCAAAUUUUAUGUGAAUUUUUGUCAACCAAUCGUACAAACAUUUUUUUUUUGUGCAACGGUCUCAGUCUAAUACAUUUUUUAUGGACUUGAGCCUUUUUGCUCAAUCUUCAUUUUCAUUGCUUCAAAAGGCAUAUACAUUUUGUUAUUUUAAUGACAUUUGUUUAUUAUGUUUUGUAUGUAGGUCACAAUGUCUUAAAAUAUGUUUUGAUGGCUCUUAAUUCUUUUUUUUUUUUUUUUGGCAUAGCUGUCUUCCAUGCUCCUAUAGCAUGCUCAUUAAGGUCUGGUCCAAUCUGUUUUGUUGACAUAUUGGUUGUGGUAUUAUCUGGCUGUAGGUUUCCCUGAUGCCUUUAGGGAAUCAGCAAACACAACUAGGAUAGAGUCAAAGGUCAAAUUAAAAAAAAUUCUAGUUUACAUCAGGGUAGAAAUUGGAGAUGCACUCAACUAGGUAGCAAAUUGAUUUAUACCACACAUCCCACAGAAUCUUUAAAUUACUUAUGAUCAUUGUUCUAUUGUGUAAUUAAUAGAGAGUUAUUUUGCUUAAACUUUGAUAACCUUUUUGUUUUAUUUGUGUCCAGAGCUUUAAUCUCUAUAGCUUGGCUAGGAGAUUUUAUUCAUGAUUGUACUUGUAAUCUUUUAACAAGCCUCAUAUAGAAGUGAAAAUGUAUUUAAGUUGAUAGUUUAAUCAAAUGUAUAACUUUAAAAUUUUUCCUGUCUAAAAAUUGUUACUUGUAAAAUGGUUUAGAUGUUUUGGAUGUUCCUUCAGAGUUGAAGAUAAUUUACUUCCUAGUCCAAACCUCCCGCAGGACGUUGGGGGGAUAGCAGCGGGCAGGGUAUGAACCUGGGACCAUUAGAUGACCAAACAACAGUCUUGCAUGCAUUACACUCGACCAGGCAGGCAUUUAACAACUUACUUUGUCAACAAUGAUUAGUAAUUCUUCUGUUGAUAGUUAAAAACUUACAUUUUAAAAUAAUAUUAAUAAUUUAAUUUAUAGAUCGCUGUUAACAAACAUGAUGUAGGCUCAGGGCACUGUGAUAACAUUACAAAUACAUGUGCUAGAACUAUUAUUGGUCUAAUACGUUUUAGCUAGCAAAAAAAAAAAUAUAUUGUUUGUACUUUGCAUUCAAGGAAAGGAUUUUAAAACUUUUUUUUUAUGUGUUUGUGACAUUUUUCCCUCAUUAGUUGUAACCUGGGAUCAGCACUCUGUAAGCCCUGUGACUGGAUUCUAGAGUUUAUUUUGAAGCACUAUUUAAAUCUUGUAGGUUGGUGCAAAUUAAACUGUUACAAUGCUUUUUUUUUUGUUCAAAAAUAAGUAUGGAAAAUAUCUAUUUACCAUCAUUUGUAAUGAGGGGCAUGGUGGCUGAGUGGUAAAGCACUUGGGUUUGAACUGGAGGGUCUCAGGUUCAAAUCCCAAUGAAUUUUGAAUUUCUAGAUUUUUAGUCUAAUUGGUACCUGGCAUUUGCUGGAGAAAGUAACAGUGGUAGGUCGUUAUGCUGGCCACAUAGCACCCUUGUUAAUUGUUGGCCAUAGAAAUAUAUGAUCUUUACAUCAUCAGCCCUAUAGAUUCCAAGGUCUGAAAGAGAUACUGCAUUGAAAACAUAAUCCAAACAAAUGUGUGUAAGCUAAAUAUUUUUACAGGUUUCCAUUCAAAGUUGGUGAAAACCAAACUCCAUUUUUUUUUCAUUGCUACACAUUUCUGUUUUUUCAUUGCUACAAAAGAUGCUUUGUUUUUUUUUUGUUUUUUCCUAUUAACUUUAAUUCUCCUCUUUGAGGCCAUCAUUGCAUGCUUAUCAAAUAAUUUCAUUGUAACUUUUAAUAAAUAUAUCUUUUUCAUGUAAGCCACUACACAACCUUUAGGUUUUUGUGACCUGUGAUUUAAAUUUUGUUUGGUUUGAUUUUGCUCAUAUAUUAUAUGGGCCAGUGUAAUUGUUUUUAGCACAUAUGCAAUGUAUUUUUCCCACUUGUAUUUGGGGGCUAGCAUUGUUUCCAAUAGUGCUGGAAGUUUUGGCAAAAAUCAUUGAGGUCAAGCCUCUUUUGGUAAAUUAGAUUCUUUGGCUACUGGCUUACAAAGAUAAUAGCUAACCCAGCACUGUGAGGCUAGCCAUUCUGUCCUAAAAAGUUGUUGUUUUUUUUUAGUCAGGUAUGCUUUAUGAGGUUUAAUUGAGUGCAAACAUCACAUCUACUGUAUCGACAAAUUUAGGUGUUAGCAGUGGAUUAAGAGUUUAGGUACAAGAGUUUCUGGUGCAUUUUGUGGCUGAGUGGUAAAGUGCUUGCCUUCUGAACCAAAAGAGUCUCUAGCUCGAAUCCCGGUGAGUUUAAAUUUCAGGAUUUUUAUGACACCCUUGUACUAUGUUGGGGACGUAAAGGUGUUUGUUGUAUAGGUCACAUGACACACUUGUUUACUGUCAGCCAAAGAAAUAUAUGCGCUUUGUAUCAUCUGCUUCCAUAGAUAGAAAGAUCUGUAAGGAGAUAUUUUUACUUUACUAUUACAUUCUGCAUGCAGAAAAUAAAAAAAAAAUUAAAAAUUUGCAAUGAAACUCAUUUAUUUUAAUUUCAGGGCCAGUCUGUUAUGAUCUUCUUUUCUAGAUCAAAGUAUGAUAUUCACACCAUAUACACUGUUGUCUUCCAGUCCUGGUUUUAGCAAUGUAGAGAUCUGUGCAAGAUCUUCUAAAGCUCAUCUACUAGAGGGAAAACAUGGGGUCUUCCCCCUCUUUCUUUAAAGUGAUCCAAAAAUUUACAAAGAUACACACACACACACAAGUACAUAGCUUGCAGUGACCAUGAUGUUCACACACACACACAUUACAUAGCCAGGAAUAGUCUUGAGGUACACACAUACACAUAUAAUCUAAUUUCAUCACUUGAACUGGUCAUGAAGUCAAAGUCUACAAGAAACAAUGAAUAGAAAAUGUUUUUUUUU